GGAAGUAUGAAACAUUUUCAGUAACGUUGUGGUUCAGGAGGGCAGCAGGGGAGGGAAAUAAUGAGUUAGCAGUAAAGCAGUGUACCAGAAAAACGCCUACCCCUGUAGCGUCCAUGGGCAACGCCCAGGGACAACACAUUCGAAUGUGGAUCACAUAAACCUAUUGGGCGACACGUCAAUUUCUACCGGUUGGCUGCUCCCCUAUGAUGGAACGGGCGAUGGAGCAGCUUAACGUACAGCUCAACCGGCUGACCCGCUCCCUCCGCCGGGCCAGGACUGUGGAACUUCCCGAAGACAAUGAAACUGCAGUGUACACACUUAUGCCAAUGGUGAUGGCUGACCAGCACAGGUCAGUAUCAGAGUUGCUGCUCAACUCCAAGUUUGACGUCAACUAUGCAUUUGGACGUGUGAAGAGAAGCCUGCUUCAUAUUGCUGCAAACUGUGGGUCAGUGGAGUGUCUUGUUCUGCUGCUGAAGAGGGGUGCCAACCCAAACUACCAGGACAUCUCAGGCUGCACCCCACUGCACCUUGCAGCGAGGAAUGGACAGAAGAAAUGUAUGGGCAAACUACUGGAAUAUAAUGCUGAUGUCAACAUUUGCAACAAUGAGGGACUGACUGCUAUUCAUUGGUUGGCGGUGAAUGGGAGGACUGAGCUCCUCCACGAUCUGGUCCAGCAUGUGUCCAACGUUGAUGUCGAGGAUGCCAUGGGACAGACAGCAUUGCAUGUAGCCUGUCAGAAUGGACACAAAACUACGGUGUUGUGUCUGCUGGACAGCGGCGCUGACAUCAACCGACCAAACGUCUCCGGGGCCACACCCCUUUACUUUGCUUGCAGUCAUGGCCAAAGAGACACAGCACAGAUCCUGCUUUCUCGAGGAGCCAAAUACCUUGCUGACAAGAAUGGGAUUACUCCUCUUGAUCUCUGUGUCCAGGGAGGAUACGGGGAGACCUGCGAGAUUCUCAUUCAGCACCAUAGCAGACUGUUUCAGAUCCUCAUUCAGAUGACACAGAAUGAUGACAUAAAAGAGAAUAUGCUCCGGCAGGUUCUGGAGCAUGUUUCUCAGCAGAGUGACAAUAAUUAUCAGAGGAUCUUGACAAGUCUGGCAGAAGUUGCCACCACUAAUGGACACAAGCUGCUCAGCCUGUCCAGCAGCUAUGAUGCUCAGAUGAAGAGUCUCCUGAGGAUUGUUCGCAUUUUCUGCCAUGUAUUCCGCUUGGGACCUUCAUCACCCAAUAAUGGCAAUGAUAUGGGCUACAACGGCAACAAGACCCCCCGUAGUCAGGUCUUUAAGAUGCGCAUGAGACAAGUGGAGGCUAUACCAAAAGACAAGUGCUCUUGGACAGCUUCUGCUGUAUUAUAUCCGUUAGAGCUGCUUUGGCACUCGCUGGACGAGUGGCUUGUGCUGAUCUCCACUGAGUUGGACAGAAACAGGAAGAACCCGUCUUCCACAUCUUCCAGCAGUGAGAUAGCCUCUCUGAUUCUCAAACAGCGGGAGGUCGAUCACUCUGGCACCACACCAAAGCUCCCCACCUCACUGGACCCUCAGAUUGUCAUGGAAACGGAGGUGUAUGCUGACGGAGAGGAUGUUAUCUCCAUGACAGCCAAUCGUCUCAGCGCCGUGAUCCAGGCCUUCUACAUGUGCUGUUCCUGCCAGAUGCCACAGGGAAUGACAUCCCCUCACUUCAUUGAGUUUGUCUGCAAGCAUGACGAGGUGCUGAAGUGUUUUGUAAACAGAAAUCCAAAGAUCAUCUUUAACCACUUCCACUUCCUGCUGGAGUGUCCAGAGCUGAUGUCACGUUUCAUGCAUAUCAUCAAGGGCCAGCCCUUCAAGGAUCGGUGUGAGUGGUUCUACGAGCAUCUUCUUGCUGGUCAGCCAGACUCAGACAUGGUUCACCGUCCGGUCAAUGAGAGUGACAUCCUACUCAUCCACAGAGACUCAAUAUUUCGAAGCAGCUGUGAAAUGGUUUCCAAGUCUACCAAUGAGAAACUGAAGCAAGGGAUUGCGGUCCGCUUCCAUGGCGAGGAGGGGAUGGGUCAGGGUGUUGUUCGGGAGUGGUUUGACAUCCUGUCUAAUGAGAUAAUCAAUCCAGACUAUGCCCUCUUCACUCAGUCAGCUGAUGGUACAACUUUCCAGCCCAACAGUAACUCCUCAGUGAACCCAGACCACCUGAACUACUUCCGGUUUGCAGGCCAAAUCUUGGGUCUGGCUCUGUAUCACAGGCAGCUGGUCAAUAUCUAUUUCACCCGCUCCUUCUACAAGCACAUCCUGGGUAUCCCAGUGAACUACCAGGAUGUGUCAUCCAUUGAUCCCGAGUAUGCCAAAAACUUGCAGUGGAUCCUGGACAAUGACAUCAGUGAUUUGGGUCUGGAGCUCACUUUUUCUGUGGAGACUGACGUGUUUGGUGCCAUGGAGGAAGUGCCUCUCAAACCAGGAGGCACGGGCAUUGUUGUGACUCAGGACAAUAAGGAUGAGUAUGUCCAGCUGGUGACAGAGCUGAGAAUGACAAGGGCCAUCCAGCCACAGAUAAACGCCUUCUUGCAAGGAUUCCACACGUUCAUCCCGCCGUCACUCAUCCAGCUUUUUGAUGAAUAUGAAUUGGAGCUCCUACUGUCAGGGAUGCCAGAGAUCGAUGUGCAGGAUUGGUGCAGGAACACCGAGUACACCAGUGGCUACGAACCUCAGGAGCCAGUCAUUCAGUGGUUUUGGGAAGUUGUGCGAAGCCUAACCCAGGAGGAGCGAGUUCUGAUGCUUCAGUUUGUCACUGGAAGCUCCAGAGUUCCUCAUGGUGGCUUUGCCUAUCUGAUGGGGGGCAGCGGCUUACAGAAGUUCACCAUUGCUGCAGUGCCAUACACCUCCAACCUUCUUCCUACCUCCAGUACUUGUAUCAACAUGCUGAAACUCCCGGAAUAUCCCAGCCAGGAGAUUCUGAGAGAUCGCCUCCUGGUCGCGCUGCAUUGUGGGAGCUACGGGUAUACCAUGGCAUAACCAUCCUAUCCUGUUAUGCAGCUGGAAAGGUGUGCAGACAACUCUCUCCGCUGUGUGCAUGUGUGUGUGUGUGUGUGUAUGUGUGUGUGUGUGUGUGAGAGAGAGACACUGGGGAAAAUGAUUAAUUGAUCAGUUGUCGAUUUUUAUUUUUUUUUACCCCUUUAGAAAGUCAGGAACAGUUCUGUUUUUUAUAGUAGGUUAAUUUUAACAGCGAUACGGCAUAUCAACAAAAGAACCCCUCUAAAAACCCAAUUAAAUAAAAGGUUACACAAUUUGUAUUUCACUGAUUGAAUAAGUAUUUAAUCUCCUACGAACCAGCAAGAAUUCUGACCCCCACAGAUCGCUUCUGUGCCCAUGAAACGCACAAAUUAGUCCUGUGGCUCAGUGACAAAAGGGACUACUGUUGGUGCAAUAAUUUAAAAAUGGAAAAUAUGUAGUCAGCGCUGGAGCGCCUUGCAAGAUCUCACCUCGUGGUGUAAUUUUAAUUCUGAGAAAAUUGAAGGAUCAGUUCAGAAUUCCACAGGAGGAGCUUGUGCCAAUGAACACCUGAAUGACUCAGAGAAGGCAUGGGAGAAUGUGAUGUGGUCAGAUGAGACUACAAUUGAACUCUUAGGCUCAUCUCGACUGUUUGUGUUUGGAGGCAGGAAAAUGUUGACGAAAUCACCAAGAACACCAUCCUCCUUUUCAAAGAUGAAGGUGAAAACAUUAUAGUUUUGGGCUAUUUUCGUGCUAAGAGUCAAAAAUCUGUGGAGGGAGAUGAAACUUUGAGUUGCCGAGCAACAGCCUCAAAACCUUUAGGCUUUGGAGAUCAUUUGUAAAGAGGAGUGGGCCAGAAUCCCUCCUGAGCUGUGCACAAACCUGGUGACCAACUCACAAGACUUCUGUGCUCGCCAACAUGGCUUUAUCCAUGGACAAGGUACAAAGCCACCCUUACUGUGAGCAGCUCUGUGCCAUAAAUGCACACUCCCUCCAUAUAUACUUUCAUUUAUUAAUAGCUGUCACACAGCAGCAUAAGCAAAAUAUGCUUUGGAAUAUGGAACAGAAAAAAGGUCUUUGUUUUCCUUCAAAUUAGACUUGCUUUCACCGAAAUCAAUAGAAACUAUUGCCUUGUACUUAAACUGUAAUGGAUAAUUUACAGUACUGAAUAUACCUGUAGAAAUGUUCACAGGUCUAAUUAACUGGUAAUAUUUACCUUUAAUCACACGUUCUAACUGAAAUUUUACAGUUUGAUACCAACGCCAACCUGAAAAUCAUUCAUCCCUUUUAAAUUCUGCUUAGGUGUAUAAACGUGCAGUAGUUUGCAAUAAAAAUUAUUUAAAAAUUGCGAUGUAAGGUGGUCGUUUUGGACCCACGGUGAAGCAAAAAGGUUCAGCACAGUUGGGUAUAAUGCAACAAAAGGGGAGCAUGUACAGUGGAACAACCUAAGGCACAGUAUAAAAAAAACAACAAUAAAAAACCACUAAGGAACACAGUUCGAACAAAACAGGGCGAAACAACGAGGAAAGGCAAGGAAGAUGGAGAAAAGAGUUCAUCUUAACCAUUUCAUAGCAGAGUAGUUUGUAACAUUUGUAUCAUGGAACGAAAAAGCGGCCAUGCCUUGGUGACUGUAUGAAGCGACAUCACGCAGAGGAAUACAAAAUAAAAGAGCAGGAACGGAAACAUGGAACGUAAAUAGUUCAACACACCUAAUAUUCACUAUUUUUUAAACUGGCUAUUUAAUGUUUGUACAUUUUGCAAAGAAAUGUAAUUUAUUUCAAUGUUACUUUGAGUUAAAAAUAAUUUACUGAGAUUACAGGGAGGCCCGAUCAGAUUUUUUUUUUUUUUUUUUUUUCAUGGGGCCCAGAAUUCUUGGCGGUGCCGCCGUCAACAUGCAGUAUGAGCACCUCACAUGCGUGUUUAGGCUUCCAAACAAGCAUCCAUUCUAAUUAGAAGUACCUUUGCAAAAACGGACGCAUUCAUGGCAAACAUGAAGGAACAAAUACUGAUGUCUUUGUAUGCUGGAACAUUCUUUCCACUGACCAAAUCUGGGUUUGUUUUAUGUUUGUUCUUUUAUGGCCAUGCAGUCCAAAUGUUUACAUUGUAUGCUGUAUAUAUUUGAUCGUCAAUUGAGCAUGGAAAUUCUGCCAUGUUGUGGACUUUCUUUAUAUGUGAGAACUGUAAUUAUUUUAGGCAAGCAUAAGCAAGGCCAUCCUUGGUCAAAUUGGUGGCCAAAGCAGAAUUUUAUUUUGCCUGUCUUGAGCUGACUUGUCGUCCUGUGCCUCACGGCAGUCAUUUGCCAAAUGAGCGCCCCCUUGCGCAAAAUGGGGCCCAGCAUGGAUCGUGGGGACUUAUGCGCAGCGCAUGUUCCGCGUGUAGGGAGGGACGGCUGUAAACAGAAGUCAUAAUGUACUUUUCAAGUAUAGCUGUGCUUGUUUGUAUGUUGGUUGUUAAGUGUACCAAAAAAAAAAAAAAAAAAAGCUGAAAUACUUUUUUUGAUUUCUCCAAAAGGGAUGGGAAUUUUUUCAUACGUUUUCCUUGUUUUCAUUUGAAAUAAAGUGUAAUUAUUAAUUGAAUAUAUCAUGUUGUCGAUCAGUAUUGUCAGGAUCGUCUUGUCAUCAGAGCCGGCCCAACCCAAAGUGGUGCCUUAGGCCAGAUCUUAUAUGGCGCCCCCCCUCCAUCAGCGGUUUACACAGCUUGCAAAAUAAAUUGUCUUUAUUUUACAAGAUGAACCAGUUUACAUGAUUAUCAAAUUACAAAUACAUAAAUAAAAAUCUGAAAUAUAAUAUGGAAUACCCUUUCCACAGAAUAAAAAUACUGUAAAUAAGAGAAUAAAUAAUAGUAUACAAUUAUAAAUACAACAAUCAGCAAUUCAAAUAACACACACACUUUGAGCACAAUAACUCGAAAUAAGAUAGAUACAUUCACACUAUUUCAUAACUAUAUGCAAAAACAAAAUGAAAUGUGUACAAAAGCUAUAUAAAAUACCUAUAUACAACUACAGUGUAUGCAAAACUAUGUACAAAAAUAAGACGUAUUUGUUAUUUGGAUUAAUGUUAAAUUUGGUGUUGCUUUUUGUUUGAAUCAAUCUGAGCUUUCCUUUUUAAGAAUAAAUAAUAAUUACUAGUGAUAUCAUAAUUAUAUUGAGUUUUUGUUCCCGAUUUAUUGGCGCCCCAAGGGACCAUAGCGUCCUUAGCAUCUGCCUAUAUUGCCUAAUGGGCCAGUCGGCUCUGCUUGUCAUUUUUUUUUUGUCAGUUUUUGGAUAAAUUGUACUUUGUAUGCAUUUCUGUAAAAGUUGUCAAUAUCAUAUCAUGUAUUUUUUAAUAAAGUCUGUAUGUUGUAUUCUUUAACUUGUUCGUCAAAGAAUACGAUUCGAUAAUCAAGGGGUGCUAGGUUCUGUAAGCCUUUGACAAAAAACAAAUUGGGGGUUUUUAAGCAUCUGAUGUGCAGCUAUGUGGCGUUUCAGUGUGCGUGCGAUGAGUUGUGAUGUGUGCAUGCGUAUGCAAAGCUAUGUGUUUGCUUGGAAAGACAUAUGUGGCCACAGCGGGAGUGCUUUGUCGGGUCACCCGUUUGGAACAGCAGGUCGACUGCUGUUAAAUGGCCCCUAACAGGCAUUCUCAGUAAAACAGCUGCUCCAGCUCUGUCGUAACGCUACAUCACAUAGGCGAAAACCUUUCACGCUCCUGCUAAAUCUGCCCAGCGGUGUCCAGUUGUUUUAACACCGCAAUCAAUACAAAACCCUUAAUAACCCCAUUAACAAAAAGGAACAAAAUGACGGGAAUGCCCGCACGUAACGCAGCAGGGUCAUAGAAUGACUGCAAUGCAGUCGCUUCUUG